AUGAUAGUAGGGAUCGAUGAGGCUGGUCGUGGACCUGUGUGCGGACCACUAGUAUAUGGAAUUGCCUGGAUGCCAGCUGAGGUCUAUCAGACAGGGAUUUUAGAAAAGCUGGGAGUAACUGACUCCAAGGCACUCUCAGCAAAUACGCGUGAGCACAUUUACAACAGAUUGCAGGAUUUGCCGAAAGAGGAUUUUGGAUGCAACACUGCAAUAGUAUCAGCAGACCAGAUUAGCCGCGCAAUGCUGGCUCCCCACAAGACUUCACUUAACCUACUCUCAUUUGAGGCCGCCCGCUCCCUCCUUUACCAACUUUUCAUAUCUCAUGAGAUAGAGCACGUUUAUAUAGACUUGGUCGGCCCAGAAUCGCAAUAUGCAGCAUACAUACGCGAAUUGAUGCCCAGUAUAGCUCUGACAAUUUGCGCAAAGGCAGACGCGAAGUACCCUAUCACUGGUGCAGCCAGUAUCGUGGCUAAGGUUAUUAGAGACAGAAAUAUCAAGCCCCAGUGGGGCAGCGGAUAUCCAUCAGAUCCCAAGACGAAGAAGUACCUUGACAAGACUUGCCAUGGCAUUUAUGGCUUUCCAACACACAUUCGACAUUCUUGGGAGACUAUAAAAAGGAUCUAUGACACAGCAAGCAAGUGUGUUAAGUGUGUGUUCAUCGCAGACACCCCACUGGAGAAUGGUGCAGAUAUGCCUACUUUAGAAUCAUUGGGGAUAGCUACCGAUGCUUAG